AUGAAACAAUUCAUGUCCACCAAAACGUACACAAAUGUCCUGGACUUCUGGUUCGGCUCCAAAUCAUCUCGCGAAUACCUCAAAGAAAAGGCUUUCUGGUACGGCAGCCCGUCAGACGAUGCAUACGUGCGUAAGCACCUGGGCGGGCCAUACGAAGAGGCCCAAAAUGGGAAGCUGGACUCGUGGAAAUCGCUGGGCGAGGGAGAAGGAGCACUGGCCCUGAUCCUACUGCUUGACCAAGUACCGCGCAACAUCUUCCGCAAUACUCCCCGCGCAUAUGCCACCGACUCCGAUGCCAUUUCAGUCGCUCGUUAUGCCAUUGAUCGUGGUUGGGAUAAGAAGCUACCGACUAUUCAGAGAAGAUACAUGUACUCGCCUUUCAAUCACUCUGAGGACCUGAAAGAUCAGGAGACGUCGGUGGAACUGUUUACAGAGCUUGGAGACUCGUACCAUCUACACUGGGCGAAGGACUUUCGGGAUCAGAUCAAGCGAAACGGGCGAUUUGUACAUCGGGAUCGCAUUCUGGGGAGGUCUUAA